CACGAGCCUACUAAACCCUUGAGCAACAGACGCACGCCUACCACAACCUCCAGCCACAGACAUAAGCAUAGUACACGUCCUCCAACCACAGAUGACAGCCAAGUCCAAGGGCAGCACGAAAAAUCUGUUUCAACUCGAGUUAAAAUUUUCCAAAGUUUGUUCCAGCAGCGACGAACGGAACACAAAGCUGCUGCUGAAACCAUAAUGAACUUGAGAGAUUUUAUAAAACAGCAAAAGAUGGUGGAUAUUGUUGCUAGAAAAGCAUUCGAGGUUUUGGAACAAAGUCAAGUGACAUUAAGAGAGGCUGGCUACAUCCCAGGCAUGGAUUUUCCUGAAGAGGAAAAGGUGCGGGAUGCUUUGUCUCAGACCUUGGAAAAUACAGCUUUUAUGGGUGAGCUGCUGUUGCAUCUCCCAGACAUAAUGCAUGACCUUCUGCAAGAUAAUAAGCCUUGGAAAUUGAUCUUUACAUGGGGGGCAUUCUUUGCAACACAGUCCAAAUUCCUGGAUAAGAAUACAAACAAGUUCAUUCAUUUGGUAUCACAGGAAUUAGGGAUUGUAGAAAAAGAUGCCCUGUACACCAACCCAUACUCCAAGAGGACUACCCAACAAAUACAAGGAGGUUCUACAGGAAAUGGUCUGCCACCCUCCAACAAAGGCAAAAAGAAAAAGAAAUUCAAAAAGGGUCCACAACUUUCUAGGCAAUUUGGAGAUUUAUGAUAGCUUAUAACAUUGUUUCAGUUUAUUUAUUAUGUCAGUACUCAACAUAAGAAUAUAUUGCAAUGUUGCUGCUGAAUUAUUAUUCUUAUCCUUAAUUUGAACUAUGAAGAGACAGCAAUAAUUUAUACAUGAAUGCUACAUAAAAAUAUAUUUUUAUCAUUAAAUUUCAUGGUCUA